AUGGCUAAGCAGCUUGGCGAUUUUGGCCAAUUCUGGCGAAUGGUCUGGCAACAGGAAGUGGAGAAGAUUGUCAUGAUGACAAAUUUGGUAGAGGGUAAGAAAACCAAAUGCGAGAAGUAUUGGCCGGAUCAACAUCAAAGUAAAUUAUACGGCGAUAUAGAAGUCGUGUGCAAGGUUGAAAAACUGUACGCAGAUUUCAUUUGGAGACAAUUUACGCUUUCUAAGUUCACAAGCUGGCCACACAAGGACAUCCCAGACAACGUCACAUCAGUAAAAGAGUUUAGACUGAGGGUAAACGCCUUGCCGUGUACCUUUGACGGACCAGUAGUUGUGCAUUGCAGUGCUGGCGUAGGAAGAACGGGAACCUACAAAGCUCUAGACAUUCUCACAAAAGAGGGUGAGACAGAAGGAGCUAUAGAUAUCCCGGGAUGUGUUCUCAACAUGAGACAGUACAGACCCAACAUGAUUCAGACCUUGAGCCAAUACAAGUAUCUCCACCAAGCCUUGGUCCAUACAUUGACUCUUGAUUGUUCGAUGAUAAGAAGAGACCACUUCAGUGAAUAUAUGGAGAAAUCAAGUAAACAGGAGAUACAGAGGCAGUUUAAGGGGAUUGGCUUCUACUUUUCUGGUGACAAUGAGACACUGAAGACGGGUAUGGUUUCCCUACGAUCCACCACAGAUCAAAGUGCAGGACAUUUUGUUAAAAGAAUACUGCAUUUGGAACACGAAGGAAAAACCAAGAAAGAUGUGACAAUUCCACACUAUGAAUAUUUAUACUGGGAUACAAAACACAAUGUUCCUAAGUCGGCAGAACACUUUGUUGCCUUCAUCAACGAGGUUGAAGACGUAUCCAAAGCAUCUCCGCUGAAAGGACCGAUUCUGUUGCACUGUCUAUUGAAGAAUAUUGAGGAAGCUUUCCCUCCACAGUUUCCAAAAUGUGUCGGAAAGAACUUGUACCAUCCUCCCCUGCCUCUUGUAUAUGCUGCUAAGUCCCAAAUCGAAUGA